CGAAACGUGCAAUUAUUGUAAUCGUGUUAUGACGAUACCAUGCCGCCACGUAUUUGAAACUGCUUGAUAAACAGCCUUCUCGCGUCUGUCAUUCAAGUGCUCAAGGAAUUUUUAUAUCGCCGGAAAACUUUUAGUCUAGAAUUUACCUUCUUCAGUCAAAAACAACUCGAGUGGUCUUUAAAUUAAAUUAUUUGAUCUAGUCACCUCAAAGAUCUCGAACUUGACCAUCACGCACUAACAUUUAGUGAGGGACACAAAAAGACUUUCAAGAUCUCUUUGAUCUGACCAUUGGCUUGCGCAACAGAUAUAUAUACUUCAGUGGAUUAAGUUUCUUAAAUGUCUUUGUUGUUCCAGUUGGCUUUCUACAGAACGCUCAAGGAAUUUGCUAAUAGAGUGAACGGAAACCUGACGAAGUCAGCUUAAUUAUUGAAAUGGAAAUGAAGUUGGCUUGUCACACAGUAUAUGUGAUCGAUCGGCCCCUUUGACAAUACCAAUAAUAACGUGCUGUCUCCGUGAUCAGCUGCUAACUUGGAUUGAAGCAGAGCUGGAGCCGAACUUCUACCCAGAGGGUACAGAAAAGUGAGCAAGCAGGACUGGAAAGCUCUUUGCAACUUUAAUAAUUGCCAAGAAAAGUUUACAGACUUCGAUAUUACGACGUCGUAAUCCAGUUAUCAACUACUUGCUAAUUGAAUUCAAAAAGCUUCGUUUUCAUUCAACGAGUACUUAGCGCAAACUGAAGUUGAGGCUUGCGAGUCAGGCGAGUGUGGGAGUUCUCUCUCGUAAUGGCCACAGACGUGAGUAACAAUACGAUAGCAAGCUCCAGUCCUGCACCGCAGUGUCCAGUUUUCUCCGAAUCGUACACGGAGCAAGUUCUCAAGUGUGUUGCCUACUCAAUCAUAAUGUUCUGUUCUCUCGUUGGAAAUGUGCUUGUUAUUUGCGUGGUUCUUCUAUACAGGCAUAUGCGAACUGUUACAAAUUACCUUAUAGUCAAUAUGGCCGUAGCAGACUUACUCAUCACGGCAUUCAACAUGCCUAUAACCAUUUCAGUGAUUGCGGGCAGCCAAAUCGAAUGGUCUGAAAGCGUCGCUGCAGAAAUGUUAUGCAAGUUCAUCCCCUUUAGCCAGUCUCUCUCCAUUGCAAGCUCGGUGUUGAGCUUGACAGCGAUCGCUGUUGACCGUUUUCUGGCGGUUAUGUAUCCUCUAAAACGCUACAUCAGUUUCCAUGCAGCCUAUGUCCUCAUUGUGGUCGUCUGGAUUGUAGGGAUUGCUGUGAACUCUCCGUUUCUUUACGCACAAAAAAUUAUCGUAUUAGAAGAAGUUUUAUCCUGCGAAGAAAUUUGGACCCCAGUUUUCGGAGAAAAUGCGGCUAAAGACUUCACCAUUGUUUUAUUUGUGUUGUUUUACGCAGUUCCACUUCUGACAAUGUCUAUUCUAUACAGUUUUGUGGUUUACAAACUUUGGGUUAGAAAGGUGCCUGGGAAUCAAACGACCGAGAACCAACUCCGCGCCGAAAAAUCCAGAAAGAAAGUUCUCAAGAUGCUACUAGUAGUGGUGACUCUUUUUGCUUUGUGCUGGCUCCCAGUGUAUAUUACCCAGUUUAUUUGGUUUUUUGGGUCCGAGAGAUUCCCCUGUGGACCCCCGGCUGUUUUAGCAUUUCUGGCCUUCUUCCUGGGUCAUACAAACAGCGCUUUAAAUCCCGCUAUUUACGUGAUAUUCAACAGCAACUUUAGAAAGGGUUUUAGAGACGUUCUCCUUUGUCGCUGUCGUCGUAGGAAUAGAGUUAAUGUUGUCCCACAAAAUUUGCCCGGUACGCAUGGUACCGCCUUCGGUGCAGACAACACUUCCCUGAACACCUCGCCUAUCGCUCUCUCUCGCUUUCGCGGGUCCUCGAGAACUUCAACGACCUUGAGAAGAUAAAGCGCGUGCGAUGCAGCCUCGCUUGCGAACAGCAAAACACAUUUGCCGUGUACUCCCCGCAAAAUUUUAAUAGCAGGGAAAAUAGAGCGUAAAAGAUCCAAAUGAAAAGCGGCGAGACUCGUGAAAGACAUACUUACUAGACAUAAGAUAAAUUCUUUGAUCACAAAAUGAUAUAUCACUGCUGUUUUGCGAGUUUAAUUGUAUCAAAACUCGUGCUUUUUUUACAGUUGUUUUCUUUCAAACAUACGUUUUAAUGACAGCCGGAAUUAAGUUACCGUUCGCGACAGUUAAAUAAUUAGCUGCUAGAGCAACACAUGGAUAUAUUCAGAGAACCAUUAGCAAAUAUAACGAGCUUCAAAAUGUGCCAUAUGAGCCAGCGAAUACAUACGGAGGCAGGAACGGUGUUGAAGGACAUUUCAUCAACUUCAAGCAAAAAUCUCAGAAACUUGACAAAAUACAUUUUCAAAAAAAUAUGUUUAUUUACCCCCUUCGCCAUUGAAAUAAAAUUAAUUGCUUUUAAGUUUCCGUUUAUACACACUGUAAGCCUUCAGGCAGUUUAGAAUAGGGUUCAAUUUUACUUUAUCUUUUAAGUCUAUAGACGGUAGGUAAGAAAUACUGUUUAAUUAAAGUACUUUGUAAGUAGUGUUCAUCCUAUCUUUCAAUCUCUGAUCGCCAUCACUUUUUACGCUCAGAAGGGAAACCAAGGAUGAAACUGAUGUAGCAUAAUUUUGGGGUGCUACUGACUUCGCGGUUUUUCAAAAAAGCAUAUUUAUUUUGACAUUCCCCCCGGCAGCAAAAAGUUCGAGUUUUUUUUAAUUAUUAUCGACAUUUAUUCAGAGAAUGAUCGAGACCCUAAGGCAACUAGUUGCCCUCAGAAUUCAGCACAACAUUGCUGCCAUUUGAGUAAGAUUACUCCCCAGUUUUCUGUCAGCACCAUCAAACUUCUGUAAUGAAAUUCAUACUUAGCUAUUCAUUUCAUAUCAUGCUCUAAACGAAGUUGAUAAUAUCUACAACCACAAAGGAUCGUUACAAAAAUCAAAAUUAAAGGU